AUGACGGAAGAACGGCACGCGAUACUGGUCGCGAGUCUACGCAACAAGACGGAACGAAAUGUCGCUACAUCUGCUAGGAAUGGGAACUGGGAGAAGGUUCGACGACUGGUUGAACAAGGAGAAAACGUGAAUGAUGUGGAAACAGAGUUGAGAGCUACAGCUCUACACUGUGCUAUCUGGUCUGAAAAUUCAGAUAUUUGUUCGUUCUUGCUGUCACGAGGCGCGAACGUCAAUCAGAAAGACAAGAAGGGAAAUACGCCGCUUCAUGACGUUGCUUCUCCACAUUAUAUAUAUAAUGAUCGUCUCUAUAUCUGUCAACUGUUAGUUGAUCACAAAGCCGAUGUUACUUCUGUUAACUAUGAAGGUCAAACUCCUCUUCACGUAGCUGUUGAUGGCAAUGACUUUCCCUCUGUGUGUCGUCCACUGAUAACAAAUGAGAGUGUGAAUGUAGCAGAUCCUCAUGGUGACCGCGCUUUACACACAGCAGCUAGAAAUGGUAACAUUCAGACUGUCCAGCUGUUAGUGGAUUGUGGAGCAGAUGUAAAUGCAUUGAAUGGAGAUGGACAAACACCACUACAUACAGCAGCUGGUGGAAGGAAAGACUGUCCUGAAUUGUGUUCUAUUUUACUAGAACAUAAAGCCAAGAUUGAUGUAGUGGAUAAACUUGGCAGGCAACCACUGCACUUGGCAUGUACACAUCAUCAUCGUGCAACUGCAAAUUUAUUGUUAUCCCGUGGAGCUGACGUGACUGUUCUAUACAAGCAACAAAGAGAAUAUCUAGGUUUGGCGAAUAAGUCUACUUUGAAGUCAGAUCAAGAACAGAAUAAACCACACAAGAGUGAAUGGCUCAAAUUAGUGGCCAAAUCACUAACCGGUGAAGCUGUUGAAUUGACAGCAAAAUCAUUUGAUACUGUUGCCACCUUGAAGCAGCAAUUACAAACCAAGAAUGGCCCAUCAUCAUGGGAUCAACUGCUUGUGUUUAAGAAGAAGCAACUACACGAUGAGCAAACGUUGGCUGAUGCAGGAGUAACUGAUGGAACAAUAUUGAACGUCGUUCUUUGUCCUCGUGGUGUGACAGGCAUGGGAGCUGAUGCGGCUGAGUUAUGAUAUGGACAAUGUGUAGCAUUGGGUGCAGGUCUCAGGCUGAAGAUGUUUUCAGUCGCAGUUUGGUGUUGCACGUUUGCUCAUUGAAAUAACUGUGUUUGUCUUCACUUGUAGCCAGACUUUACUAUUAGCUGUUGUACAUUAGCAUCAACAUUAUUUAGUUUUUCUUGAUUUGCAUUGUUGCCAUCAGAUGGGUAGACCUGUUAUUGGGUCGACUAUAGAUACGUACAAAGAUAUAUAGAUACAUGUUUAUAUUAAAUUAUAAAUAAAAAAUGAAAAUAAUAGUUCAGAAA